AUGAUAGAUUUGGAUGUGGAGCUUUAUUUUUCAGUCCAUGAAAAAUGCAGCACAUCUGAAUUUAGAUGUGGGAAUGGCCAGUGCAUAUCUUACUCUCUGCAUUGUGAUGGGAGCCGUGACUGCCUGGACCACUCGGAUGAAGAAGGCUGUCCUGCUGCCUGGCCCCUGCGGUGCCCCUCAGGGGAGGUGAAGUGCCCGAGGAGUGGAGAAUGUGUGCUGGCAGAGUGGAUAUGUGACCAUGACUUAGACUGCAAAGAUGGAACCGAUGAGAAGGACUGUGACCCUGAGGAGCUUCGGUGUGGCUCCAGGCAGUGGUCCUGUGCCAGCGGAGGCCAGUGCGUGCCUGACUCGUGGCUCUGUGAUGGGCAGCGUGACUGCAGGGACGGCAGUGACGAGGCUGGGUGUAAGUGCAGGGGGCUGUCACUGAGGGAGAAGGCAAGGGCUUGA